AUGGCAACCGCGAUCAUUCAGGUGUUUGACAAUGACCGACGAUCGAUUCAUUGUCGCACCUUAAUUGAUACCUGCUCCAACGCCAACUUCAUGACCGAAACGCUUGCAAGGAACCUGCGGUUGCCGUCGACACAGGCAUCCGUGGGAAUCCAAAGCCUCAACCACUCAAACACGACCGCCAAUAAACUCGUCACCGCGACCAUAAAAUCCCGACUAACGAAUUACCAACGAACGCUGGCAUUUCUUGUAAUUUCACAAAUCUCAGAAUUUAUACCGGAUACUCAAAUCGAUCGAUCAAGGCUACAAAUACCGGCAAACGUGAAAUUAGCCGAUCCACAUUUCCAGCAACCGGGCAGAAUCGACAUGCUAAUCGGAGCUGGACCAGCCUUAUCGUGUCUUAGCGUCGGACAACACGAUUUGUCUAAUCGAAGCGGUCACGAUUUGAUCCUGCAAAAAACGCAGUUCGGUUGGAUCAUUGGGGGGAAUAUUUCAAAUGUCACCUCACACCAAACACGGAAGGCCUUUAUCACGAAUUUGGAUUUCAACCUCGAACGAUUUUGGGAAGUAGAAGAGGGCCCCCACACACAGCAUCUCUCAUCCGAAGAGCGCGAAUGCGAAAUUCAUUUUAAGGAAAAUUUUCGGCGCGACAAUUCUGGGCGAUACAUUGUCGCGUUACCGUUCAACGAAAAGCGGAAUCAGCUCGGGGAAUCUCGGUCGAGCGCUCUGAAUCGUUUCCUUUCACUCGAACGAAAACUAAAUCGCAAUCCAGAAUUAAAGGAACAAUACACUGCGGUCAUGAAUGAAUAUCUCGCGCUCGGGCAUAUGACGCAGGUAGAAAACGCCGACACACCCGGUUUCUACCUACCACACCACGCGGUCAUAAAACCCUCCAGCACGACCACGAAACUCCGCGUAGUUUUCGACGGAUCAGCCAAAACAAGCAACGGAUUGUCAUUGAACGACGCGUUAAUGGUAGGCCCUACCAUUCAAGACGACCUAUUCUCCUUACUCCUACGCUUCAGAAUGCAUGCAUUCGUUAUCACCGGAGACAUUGAAAAAAUGUACCGCCAAUUCCUCGUACGAGCGGAGGACCGCGCGUACCAACGCAUCUUGUGGAGAGACGACCGCGGCAAUCUGAAAACGUUCGAAUUAAAUGUAAUCACGUUCGGACUCUCGGCGGCCCCAUAUUUAGCGAUAAGGUGCCUUCAUCAGCUCGCAGAUGAUGAACAAAACAAAUUCCCAAACGCAACAGCAAUUGUUAAGCGAGAUUUAUACGUCGACGAUCUCCUCACCGGUGCCGACACCUUAGAAGAAGUUCGGCACAUUCAAAACCAAAUAGGCAAACUGCUCACAAAGGGGGGACUUAACAUCCGACAGUGGGCAUCCAACGAACCAAACCUUCUCGCAGGAAUUGAUGCGGAUCAAAUUCAUCCAAAAAUCUUUGGAGAUACUGCGAUAAUGAAGACAUUAGGUUUGUCCUGGGACGCGCGAAAUGAUACCAUUCGAUACACCGUCGAGCUUCCGGCCACAAACAAGGUCAGCAAGCGAACCAUCUUAUCGACCAUUGCCAAAAUCUUCGAUCCAUUAGGCACACUUGGACCCGUUACGAUCACCGCCAAACUCUUGAUGCAACGUCUUUGGCAAUUAAAGGUCAGCUGGGAUGAGUCGCUUCCCGCCAACAUCCAUACCGAAUGGACUACAUAUGCCACCGAACUACAAACACUCAACAACGUUGAAUUCAGUCGUCACGCAGCAUUGAGAGAAUCUCAACGAAUGGAGAUUCACGGAUUUUGUGAUGCAAGCGAACGAGCGUACGGAGCCUGUUUAUACUUGCGUUCGAUAAAUAGAUCUGGCCUCAUCGAAACGCGCCUCCUUUGUGCGAAAUCCCGCGUCGCACCUCUAAAAAGCAUCACCCUCGCUCGCUUAGAACUGUGCGGUGCCGUACUACUAACAUCGUUAUAUGCAACCGUCCGCAAGGCCAUCACCCACAACAUCCACGAAGUGUUUCUAUGGACCGAUUCCACUAUCGUACUGAACUGGAUCAACAAACAACCUUGCACGUUAAAAACAUUCGUGGCCAAUCGCGUAGCUGAUAUACAGAAAACAACAGACAUCGCGUUUUGGCGCCACGUCAAAUCAGAAGACAACCCUGCGGAUCUAGUCUCUCGAGGAGUAACACCCGCACAAUUCCUCCACAACUCCCUCUGGUUUCACGGACCCAAGUGGCUUUCAACCGAUCAGAUCAAAUGGCCAGAGUCAAGAUACAGCACAUCGAACGAACUUCCCGAACUAAAGAAACUCACGUGUCUCGUAACCUCAACCAUUCGAAGCGACGAAAUACUCACUCGGUACUCCUGUAUCAAGAAACUCACCCGCAUUGUGGCCUACUGUCUUCGUUUUCGCCCCAACCGACGCAUCGCCGGACCUUUAACUGUCGAAGAAAUUCGAGACGCCAACUUAAAAAUCAUCACGCUCGUACAAUACAAUACAUUUCAGCAAGAUAUCAAAGACCUCAAAACCGGAAAAUUCCACCCAAAGAGUAAACUUCGGUCUCUCCACCCUUUUCUGGACAAAAGGGGAAUGUUACGUGUGGGAGGGCGAUUACAACACUCCAAUUUACCUUUUGCACAAAAACAUCCCAUCUUAUUACCAAGGGGAAAUCAUUUAACCGACCUCAUCAUUCGUGAGUCUCACGUGAAAAAUCAUCACUCAGGCGUAACGGCAACGUUAUAUAACGUCCGACAGAAAUACUGGCCCAUCGACGGUAAAAACACCACACGGAAGAUCAUUCGUCAAUGCGUAAAGUGUUUCCGGGUCAACCCACCCGCCGUCGAAUACCUCAUGGGUAAUCUACCUGCGGCACGCGUCACCGAGAACCGACCGUUCUACAACUGCGGAGUCGAUUACUGCGGUCCUUUCUAUAUCAAAGAAAGACGCUACCGAAACCGAGCUCGAGUCAAAACCUACGUCGCGAUUUUUACCUGCUUCGCCACUAAGGCCGUACAUCUUGAAGUAGCGAGCGAUUUAACAACGGAAGCUUUCAUCGCGGCCUUUAAACGUUUCAUUGCACGACGAGGACUCUGUCGGAACGUUUACUCCGACAAUGGAACAAACUUUAUCGGCGCGGACAACGAGUUAUCGGAACUUUACAAAACCUUAUCAGACGACGAGAGGUUGCGUAGAUUUCUCACAGAUAAGGAAAUCUCAUGGCAUUUCAUGCCAGCAUUAUCACCACAUUUCGGCGGAUUGUGGGAGGCCGCAGUCAAAUCCUUCAAACAUCACGUCAGACGGGUAGUCGGCGACGAACUCUUCACAUUCGAACAAUUCAACACAUUUGUAAUUGAAACCGAAGCCAUUUUAAAUUCUCGCCCGCUCACACCUCUUUCAACCGACCCCAAUGACCCAUCCGCUCUCACUCCUGGUCAUCUCUUGAUUGGUAAUUCUUUGACUUGCCCUGCCGAGACUGAUUUCAGGACAGCACCGACCAAUAGACUUUCACAUUGGCAACACAUCCAGAAGGUUAAACAAGACUUCUGGUCUAGAUGGCAUAAAGAAUACAUCCAUCAACUCAACGUUCGGCAGAAAUGGACCACAGGGUCCCACAAUAUCAAAGAAGGGACAGUGGUCGUUCUCAAAGAAGACAACCUUCCCCCCCUUUGUUGGCACUUGGGUCGCAUACAACAAGUGCACCCGGGGGCAGACGGCAUCAUCCGAGCAGUUACCGUACGAACAGCAAACGGAGUCUACAAGCGGAACGUCAAACGAUUAGCACCACUACCCGACGCAGAAUCUCGCUAA